UGCACAGCAUAGACUAUGUGCCCAGUAGAUUGCAGCCAUUUCUGUCAUCGGUCUGUGUCCUGUAAUUCUACGUUGUUUGGGAGAAGUGUCUCCUGUCUGUAAUACACAUUUUGGAGUAACGUUUACAACAACUUAGAUUUUCCCUAUUGUUUUCUCGGCUGGCUUGCUUGCCAGCUGAAUCUCGUCGGGAUGGACCCAGCAAGCCGAUACCAAGUGCUGGACAAUGAGGAUGACUCUUCGGAGGCCUCAACCAGUGAGCAGCAGCCUUGCACUUCUGCCACAGCCCAGGCUGGUAGGUCCAGCCAGGACCAGAACCAGAACCAGGCCGGCCUGGCGCCUGCCGCCGCCGCCGCAGCAGCAGCAGAGGAAGCGUCGGGAUCAGGGACUCAGGGGGAGGCAGAGGCACCUCCACCCCCUUACGCCUCCAUUGACCUGGGAGCAACCGCUGCAGCACCUGAGACUAGUUACCGUGGUGACUUCCCAGUGCCUCCGCCCUACAGCGUCGCCACAUCCCUGCCCACAUAUGACGAAGCGGAGAAGGCCAAAGCGGCCGCCAUGGCUACCUCCACUGUGGAGGUGAUGCCACGGGCUGAGGAAUUCCCUCCCAGAGAUGAUUUCAGUGACGCUGAUCAGCUUCGAGUUGGGAACGAUGGAAUCUUCAUGUUGGCCUUUUUCAUGGCCUUCCUGUUCAACUGGAUUGGCUUCUGCCUUUCCUUCUGUCUGACCAAUACCAUCGCAGGACGCUACGGAGCCAUCUGUGGAUUCGGCCUUUCCCUCAUUAAGUGGAUUCUCAUUGUCAGGUUCUCCGACUACUUCACUGGCUACUUUAAUGGUCAGUACUGGCUCUGGUGGAUCUUCCUGUUGCUCGGUCUCCUGCUGUUCUUCAGGGGUUUUGUUAACUAUCUUAAAGUCCGCAACAUGUCAGAGAAUAUGGCCACCUCUCAUAGAACACGCCUCUUCUUCCUCUACUAAACGGUUUCCACACCAUCACCAUUCCUUUCCGAUGUGAAGUUCCCUCCCUCCCCCUCGAAUAACUUGAGCAAGGAGCCUUGCAGUGCAGAGAGGAGAUGGGGAAGAAAGGAAGGUUAAGAUGUAGGGAGAAAGUGUUACUGGUCUCAUUAAAAGCAUAACGCGGCUCACUCUGAACUUCUGAACCGAGCCGAAAAAAUGAGUCCACGAUGAUCUAUCUUCUGGCUUUGUUUUCAUUUCUCAUUUUCCAUUUUCCUUUGAUUCUAAACACAGUUUAAAAAAAAAAAAAAAGCAGUCCCACUGUCAAGAUGUAUCUCUCAAGAGUAAGAGUGCUUUUCAGAUACAUGACCAUGGUUACCUGAGGCUAAUUCAGCCUCCCGUAAUGAGAUAGCCAAUAUUUUAAGAGCUAAAUGAAAGCACAAUGAAACUAUUUCAAUGAAACGGCGUCGUAAAUGUCCUAAACACAAAAGUUCCUCUAGCUCAUUUGUGUAAUCAGCUUAUGUUUGAGAAAACCUCUGUCCAAAAACUUUUGGAAUUUAAAAAAUAGACAACGUGCAGCAAUUGGAAACCUACUCCGAGCCUUCGAUGUUCAAAUCUCCUCUUCCAGCUUCGUCUAAGACUUUUGCACAUCGCAAUAUAUCUCGAGCAGUUUUAGCACUAGCUUUGCCAUUCCACAUUUAUAAGUUCAGGGUGCUUUGAACAAGUCUUACUUUUAAACCACGAUGUAGCAUUUUUACGCCCUCGUUAACGUGUGGCGUUGCCAAAGUCUACUUUAGUUGACAGUGUGCAUCCUUCUAACAUCUCAGCCUCUCUACCCUGAAAUCAAUUAGGAAGCCGAGAGGAAAGAUGGAAGAUUUUCAUCUCAAGGGUACUCAAAUGUGCACGUAUGAGGAAAAACCAGAGUAAUGCAGUGAUCGGUUUACAUAUCACAGACCCAGAUGCAUUUAGUGUUUUUAAAACAAACACAAUUUACGACUCGCCCACGCUCAUUUUGUUUACCGUGACACGGCAAAAUAGGACAAAGGACAGAAAACAGCUUGGAAUAAAUUGAAACUCUUUCUUAAUGUCAAUGUUUUUGAGACCAAACGUUAAAUUAAGCCCUGACUUUGAACUUUGGGAGUUUUGAACUAACUGAAACAGGAAACAACAAUUUUUCCAUCGAUACUCUCUGAGCCACUGAACGGAAAAAGAGGAAGCCAGGCAGUCAAUGAAAGUCGGUCAAAUUUGCGUAUUUACAAAAAAUACUAAGAGAAAUAUUGUAAACGGAACCUAAUAUAUGUGCGCAAUAAGAUCUCCAUACAUUUUUCCUAUUCUUUUUUGCCUUUUAAUGAUAACUGUCGUGCUAAGCCGACCUAUGCAGUAAAGAUGUUCAUCAAUCAUGACAUUUUUUAGAGGGCUACAGUUUCUCUGUUUGAAUCAAAGAAAAAUAAAAAGCCUCUGCCUAACUACCAAAAAAACAACCACUUCAUAAUCCGUUUUUAACCAUAUGUUACAGUAACACAUGUGUCACCUUUGUGGGGCUCAGUUUAUCAAAACAGGUCUGUAAAACAAACUGCUUUUUGUUCUUCUCAAACUCCACACUGGCAAAACCGUGUCCGUAAGCUACGGAGGAGCGCAGCUAAUCACUGGAGGCUCCCUGGACAAAUCAGUGUUUCUAGACCACACAGGCUGCUCCAGGCUGAUCGGUGGAAAGUGGCCCAAAAGCAGGACUGUGUGGAAAGUGAGCUCCUGCUUCAGUGCUGUGGAAGGGGAACUGAUAAUAAGCAUUUUAAAUACAACUUGAGUAAGACUCUUUGGAACAAAAGAGUCUUGUGCAAUUUAGUUCUCUGUAAUGACCUACAAUAGUGGUGGAGUUAAAGUCCUGUGAUCAUGGAAUAGUUUCGCCAUUAGAGAUUGAGAUCAGGUUUCCGCCCAGAGUGAAGCGGGUGUUCAUUUUUGGGAUAAAGCUGAGGUGCCCUUUGAACAAGCUGCACAAUAUGUGUGUGUGUACUGCACACACUUGCCAACACAAGGAUUUAAAUUACCAGUAAAUCAGAAGAAAAAUGCAAUAAAAGCUAUUAAAAUGUGACCGGUUCGGGCAUGUUGUGCAUGAUUUCGAGAAACCUAACACGUGGAUCUCUCUUUGAGAUUUUAGCUUUUAUGAUUAGAUUAAAAGGUUCUUUUCAUUGCGCGAGAAGCUUUUGGUGAUGUAACAUAGCUCCUAUUAGAAAGGUGGAUUCUGUGUGGAGGAAAACACUUUUUAAUAUAUGAUAAGAUGAGAACGACAUCAGCAGAUGUUGCCAUAUGUUCUCUAAGUGUAACAGCGAUGAAGUCAGGGGGUACAGUCCAGUGGGAGUGCAGUAGUCUUUGAGCUUUUGCGCCAUGAAAAUGGAGCCUAACAAAGAAAAACAUGUUGUUUUUUUUUCAAUAACUUUUUUUGUCAUCCAGAAAACAAAAUGUAUAUACCAGCUUAUGCCAAUUCAUAAUAUUUGCACUUUGAAGAACUUCUGUACAGUAUGAUUUGUGAAUCUGCUUAACUUGUUGUGGUGGACAGAGAAAAGAAGAAAAAAAUAUAUAUAUCUUUGCCAUCCAAGUUUUACAACUGGAAUACUUAAUCAUCCCCAAUAGAUAAUUUGCCUUUUGCACUUAUUAUUUUUCAAUAAUGAUAAUAUUGUUAUUGUGUGUUUUGUUUCAUCGCUUUUAGCCUAAACUGUGACAGCUUAAGUAUUGCCCAACUUUUUUUUAUGCUUUUUUUUUUAUUCUGGUCAUAUCCAACUUAUUUUGCAAUAUCAAGGUCUUUCAACAAAUUAAAGCUCUGCUGCAUGAUUUAUCCACCUGAAUGAGUGGGGUAAUAUUAGAAUGAAUCUAGUACAAUUACAUUUCUUUGUAAAUAAAUAAAGAAAAAAUGAGAAAGCAGCCAAACUAUUUUUUUUGUCUUAAGAUAAUCCUUGUAAUGUCUUCUGAAGCAGUUGUUGUGCAUUUAUCGUAACUGGAAUGAAAUUGACAAAUGAUUUCUUGCAAAAAAAUGCCAAUAAAGUUCAAAAGCCUGUCGGUUUAAUUUUA